AUGCCAUCCAGAAUGGAAUCACAAUCAUACGAAAAGCUGCCUUCAUCACGACAAAGCAAAAUGAAGAUUGACGCUCUGCUCAACCCGGGCGAUGAGGAUUCAGACUCCCCACGGCCAAAGCACGUCUCAAUCCCCCACCGUCACAGCUACCAUCAGCCAUCACCAAGUUUCCCCCCAAGUCCCAACUACUGGUAUAACCAAGGCUAUCAUGAGAGCCCGGACCCUUCGUCCGCCAAACACAAUUAUCCCGGCCACUUCCCUCAACAGGCCCAAGUCUUUGUUAGCUACCACCAUAACAACCAACCCCGAGGCAGCACCAGCACAAACCACAGCUCGCUCUCCGCUCCCUCUUCACCAGACCCUUACCACUCUCGUGAACGUUACUCCAGCGUCUCUAGCAGCUCCUCGACAAACGGCGACCGUCGCCGUCCUCCUCGCCCCAAGUACGAGGAAGAGGAGAUGUACUUCAUCUGGUAUCACCGGGUCGACCUGUGUCAGGAAUGGAAAGAGGUCCGCGAGGCUUUCAACCGCCAGUUCCCAGACCGCCAGAGACGUGGCUUCCAGGGUAUCCAGUGCAAGUUCUACCGCUUUAUUAAGGAGAAGAAGUGUCCGACUUUGCGAGAGCAGAGGCGCAUGCGUGACGGCGAGUUCCUUCGAGAAGGGGCAUCUGCUGCGCUCGUUGGCGAGGGAGGCGGAGCACCCAAGUUUGGCGUCCGAGAAUACACCAACGUUUGGUAUCCUUGGAUGAGGAAAGGAGAUGCAGACGCUGUGAUGCAGCGCAUGUGA